AUGAGAGAGCCCAACAAGAAGAAGUCCAGGAUAUGGCUCGGGACUUAUCCGACGGCUGAGAUGGCUGCUCGUGCCCAUGACGUGGCGGCAUUGGCGUUUAGAGGGAAGCUUGCCUGCCUCAACUUUGCUGACUCCGCGUGGAGGCUGCCAGUGCCGGCUUCCAUGGAUCCCAUGGAUAUUCGAAGGGCGGCUGCGGAGGCAGCUGAGGGGUUUAGGCCGGCGGAGUUUGGUGGAGAGUGCAACGGCAGCAGUGAUGAAAAGGAGAGAAUGGUGGUGCAGGUGGAAGAGGAGAACAAGAAGGGUAGUGUGAACUUGGAAAGAAGCAGAAGCUUGAACUUGUCCUAUUGGGAUGAGGAGGAAGCGUUUGACAUGCCCAGGUUGCUUCAUGACAUGGCUGAAGGGCUUCUUCUUUCUCCACCGCAACCCCUAGGCAGCGACACGAAUUUGGAUGACAUGGGUACCGAUGCUGAUAUCAAAUUGUGGAGUUUCUCCAUUUAA